UCUGACCUUGCCGGCUCUCUUACCGGGUUGACAUUCGGAGAGGGUGGUCGGUGGGAAAACAGAACAGCGCGCCGGCCGGUGUUUCUUCAGUGAACUAAGAUGUGCAAAGUGUGCUCUUCUAUCAAUGGACGGGCAGAAGCGGAGGUCCGAGGAUGGAAGGCCCCUGGUUGUGUCCCCCCGACUGACCACCUCUCACAUCCACAAGCCAUGACAACAAAAGAUCUGUACACAGACACGGAAGAAGAGGACGAGUUACCGGGCUGCUUGCCACCCUUCAGUCCGCCCAAGAAGCCCGCAGGCCCGCUCUCGGAGGAAGAGGAGUUCGAACUGAUCGCGAAAUGGCAGGCGGGCGGGCUGACGCUGGGCCAACCCAGGUCAUCCGCCGUCACAGACGUCACCGUCAAGUACAAGUCUCGGGAAGAUCUCCUUAACUUCGAGACGUGCGACGAGGAAACUGGAGACGAAGACGUUCCUUUUCACGACCUCUAUGCCGUGAUGGAUGACGUCGACCAGACAUGUGACCGUAUGGAAGACGACUUCGCGGCGUUGGCGCCGGCGAUGGAAGGGGACCACCAUUUCUUCUUCUUCGACGAAGACGACCCAAACUUCCGCGACGAUGCCGAAGAAGACAGCUGGGACCAUUAUGAGUACCCAACUACUCUGUACCCCUACACGAAAGAGAACGGAGGAGUGUGGUACACUACCGAAGAUGACGGGUACCAACACGACCAAGGGCUUACGGAAGAGUCGGACGGAGACAACUCCGGAUCUCUGGAGAAGCAGCAGCGCGUCAGCUCUGGCUACCUCAGCGCCGAUCUGUCCUUCGAGCAGUCUUCGCGGGACGGCAGCACGCAGUUCUCCGACAGCGUCUACAUUCCGAAGGGGUGGGAGAAGUUCCCCAGAGAAAUCGCGAGGCAGAAGUUCGACCUGAAGAAGGACCCAGCCCUGCCGAGCCUCAAGGCGCCGUCCGUGGUCGAAGAAGAACCGAGACCGUACCGGAGGGCCAGGUCGGAGAGAGGGGAGGCGGACCAGUGGGAGGUGUCCCUGGCCGAUGAGAUUCUGCAGGCCGAGGGGCUUCGGUCCGGCUAUCGUCGUCACCGUAGGACCUCCAGGGAGCACCACCGUCCCCGCAUCCUGGACCUUCGCCGGCGGAGCCGCCACGACAGCGGGCCGAUCCCCGGGUCGGUCCGGAUGCCCUCCUUGAGGGACAAGCUGGAGGAGUACCAACGGGAGCUGGAAGUGCACCCCCGCCGAUCGGAGCCGCAGUCUCGUCGCUCCAGUCUGGCAACCACGAUGACGGGGUGGGACAUGACGUCCAUGAGCUACUGUCAGUCACAAGCGGAGACCGCUACGGAGGACGGCUUCAGGCGCAGAAGAUCGGCGCACCACCACCACCGCAGCUCCCGGCGGGAGAGCUACGUCUCCGCCGCCACCACUCCCAGGCCCUCCCGCCCCUCCAGCGGUCGGUCGCACAGGCACCGACACGGAAAGAACAAGGACAGGAAUCACGAAUGGAAGGUCGUGGCUGUUGUUGGUUGCGUGAUCGCAAUAGGCGUCCUCAUAUGGGGCCUAUACGGACAUGGAAGCACCAAGACCACGCCUAUAAAGUUGGAAUAAAGAGCAGAUCCACGAGAGCCCUCGUUAAGUGCUUCAGUGGGAAGGAAGAAAGCUAACGCUGUACGAUUAGCUUACGUCACAGAUAUAUUCUUGACCUAAUAAUCCUUACAUAUAUGCUGUUGUGAUUCCACACAGUGACUUGAAAACAAGCUUGAAACAUGAAACUCGUUCAAUGCGUGCUUUGUGAACCACAAUGAAGUGUGGUGAAACGUGUGAGGACUAUGAAUGGACUGUGUCGGAUGUGAACACAGUAACUUGAUGUUGCGCAUUUUGCUGACUUGUCAUAAUUUAUUAUCCAUAGGACAUUAUUUGAAGGCAGAGUUAUAAUAACUAAUGCGGAAACGUAAAAUAAGUGUGGACGUAACAUUUGUAGUGAUCGUGAAGGAACGUGUACCACAGAAAUAUGGGGUACAUCGUCACAACUUUAAGUGCUUGUUCUAUUUCUAAUCUAACCAAAAUCAUGAUCCAAAUUUUACAUUCAUGUACAGAUCUAUGUACAUGUCAUCUACCUGUAGGACACCGCUGUCGUCAGUCUGAAAAUAACCAUACAUUUAAAAUGGUUCAAAUGUCAGAAUAUACUACAAGACCCAUGCUCUGCAGUUCUAUUUGCUUGAACAUAUUUUUGAGAAUGACCUGAUGUGGAAAUUGUUUUGGAAUGAGAGAUACAAACAGUCUGAUUUUAGCCUAUCAUUGGAGAAAGAAAAGUAGAAAAGGAUACAGUACACCAAAUUAUGUACCUGCAAGCAUCUUUAUUGAACUUUAAAACAUAACAUCGAAUGUACAUUAAAUAGAACAUUUCUCUUGGUUAGAAGAGGUUAAUGUAUUAAUUGUUCUUACACAUAUCACAGUAGGUACAGCCCUUAGUUAAACAUAAACCAGUCACAAAGAUGUUUAUUCACAUACUGAAGUGUCAACAGACUUGCUGCUACAAACCUUAAGAAACACAUAGCUUCAGUGGCUGUUUUACCUAUACAAUUGUAACUUUUUUGGCAGAGUUUGCUGCAUGGCAGCACGUUGUUAGGCUAUACAACAUUGAGUAAGCUGUUUUAUAACACUGACAAUGGAGAAAAAAAGAAACGUUUACAGAAUGCAAAAAUAAAUUUCAUGACAAUACAUUUUGUACAAAGUUAUCAUUUCAUACAAUUUCUACUUGAGGUUAUAGUUUUGAGUUUUACAAAAUUUCUCAGGUGGGAAAAAUCAUAAGCAAGAAAUUGUGCAAAAAUGUUAUGGUUUGGACAAUCUGUCCCACCUCCAAAUUCGUGGAAAAGUUUCAGCAUUUUGUGGCUUCUUGGUGCUAUAUCUGACAGGACAAAACAGGCACUUAGAUAUAAUCUCAUCAACAUGAUACAAUUGCACACAUGAUGAAAAAAA